GCCAAUUCUUCUUUGCAGAACCAGUCUUUGAUCAGCAGUCCACAGAGCCACAACCAAUACAGAGUACAACAUGUCAUCUGCAUCUUUCCAAGGAAUAGUGCGCCCUUUUGUAAUUGCAAUUCUUAUACUGGGUUGUUUUGGGAUUUUAUUUUUUACUUAUUUCAAGAUGCCCACUACAUGGCUGUCAAAUCAAGUGAAAUUAAAAGCACCUGCACCAAUGGUGAAAAACUUUGGUUCCAAAAACGAACAAAACCAGACAAUUGGUUCCAAAAACAAAGAAGACCAGACUAUUAUACUAAUCUGGAUGUGGCCAUUUGGCAGUGCCUAUGAUCUCAGCUCCUGUAGUGCUCUGUUUAACAUUGAUGGCUGUCACCUAACAGCAGACCGAAACAUGUACAGCAAGUCAGAUGGGGUUAUCUUCCAUCACAGAGACAUUCACUGGGAUUUAUCCAACAUGCCACAAUCACAGCGCCCAUCAUUCCAAAAAUGGGUGUGGAUGAACAUAGAAUCACCCACAAAUACAGGAAGGAAUCCUGCUCUCAAAAGCCUGUUCAAUUUGACUAUGAAUUACAGGAAGGAUGCUGAUAUUGCAGUGCGUUAUGCGACAAUUGUUAAAACUGAGGUGAAUAACUUCAAAAUACCAAGCAAAAACAAGUUAGUGUGCUGGAUUGUGAGCAACUGGAACCGAAGUUACAGAAGAGUGACAUACUAUAAUGAGUUGAAGAGACACAUUGAUAUAAAUGUCUAUGGACGGGCCUUUGGGAGAUCAGUCAGUAGCCAAGACUUUGAUGCCACAAUUGCCAGCUGUAAAUUCUAUCUGUCAUUUGAGAACUCAAUCCACAAAGACUACAUCACUGAAAAACUGUACAACCCAAUGUCCGUUGGCACAGUGCCAAUUGUUCUUGGGCCAUCAAGACAGAACUAUGAGGACUUUGUCCCAGGUGAUUCCUUCAUACAUGUGGAUGAUUUUCCCUCCCCCCAAAAGCUGGCUGAGCACAUCCGGUUCUUAGACAAGAACGAAGACAUGUACCAACGAUACUUCAACUUUCGCAAACAGUUUGAAGUAAAGAAGACUUCUGCAUUUGUCAUAGGCACAUGUCUUGCCUGUAAUUACAUUAGGACACACUUCAAUGAAUACAAAGUUAUCAAUGACCUUAACACAUGGUUCUGGGGGUGAUGAAAAGCACAAUAUGUGGAAUUUGGUGAAAGCUGCAUUUUUACUACACACCCAGUGCUUGUGGAGUGAAGGACGUCCAUUCCUCAUGUUUUUUCCAUAAUUUUAGAAUGUAAAAAUAUUUAUUUCUCCUGUAACAUGCUGCACACAAAUGAACUACCAGAUUCAGAAUUUAGCAUAAUUUAAUUAGCAUAUUUCAAUUCAUUUGACUCAUUUAAUUCAUUAUGUUGGGUAUGUAAAAGUAUAGGAGGGAGAAAACUAUGUACUCAUGGAUGGAAUAAAGAAUGUGGUGAAUUAUUACAGAUCUGCAUGCCUAUACAAGUGUCUGGA